GGAAGGAACGCCGUUCUUCCGUCCCUGUUUCGCUAUCCUCCGUCGUUUCUCCGUCGUUUUCUCCGGCCGCGCCGUUCCAGGAAAACUACGCACCCGCCGUUUUCCAGCCGCUCGAUCUCGUAACCGCAUGCCGCGGAGCUCGGUCGUCCGUGACGAAAACUUCAACGCGAUGACUUUCUUCGCGACGCGCGUUCUCAAACGUUGCGCCAUCGACUUCCGCUUCCCAGAGUUCGCGAGCUUUGCAGAGCAGCGACGGCGCAUCGUCGACGUCUUUCGGAAGGAACGUUAGCACGCGCGUACGGUUUCCCUUUUAGAAGCUCUACGACACGUUACGAGGCAUUUUUAGCGCUGUUGCACGCUCGUAGCUGCGAAAAGUCCUGCGUUUCUGGAUCGCGCGAUCUACGUACGCCGAUCAAUUUGCGAUUCUCGUGGCUUACCAGCGACAAGAUCAGAAAAUUCUCUUUACAUUUUUCGCAGAGACGAUCGGCGGGAACGUUCGCCGAUCGCGUAACGUUCUGCCUGUCGGUUAUGCGUUUCCAGAUAGACGCCGCUAUCUUACAAAAUUGCGAACAACGAGCUCAGAGAGAGAGAGAGAGAGUUGGUUUUCCACGUCUCUGCGAAGAAAUCGCGGACGUCCAGUCUUCGAAUAAAAUUCUGUUCGUACGCGGGAACAAAUGCGUUGUAAAGUUCCUUCUUUAUUGGACUGCGCGGGGAGGGGAAUCGAGGACAAAGUUGUAUUUGAAUACGCUUGGUGUCGGUUCCGGACUCGACGAAGAUCCGCGCGAGCGAGCGAGCGAACGAUUUCGAGCGGAAACGCGGCUGCGACUUUCCACAAGAUUUUCACUCGAGUGCGGCGUAUCGAUUGAAAUAGUUGCAGGAAGCAUGUUGCGUGUGCUUACCCUCAAAGACGGUAGAGGAAUGCCGACGCUGGACUUCGACAGAGAUGGUCUGACGAAGCUGAAGAAAGCGAUCAAAGCCAUCCACAACUCUGGAAACGCUCACGUCGAUAACGAAGUGUACCUUGGAAGGGCACUGGAAAGGCUCGGGGAUGCAGCCUUGAAAGAACAGGAACCGGAUAUCGGCGCUGCUUUCUUAAAGUUCGCCGUCGUCACGAAGGAAUUGAGCGCUCUCAUGAAAACUCUGAUGCAAAACAUCAACAACAUCGUGAUGUUUCCCCUGGACUCGGUACUGAAGGGUGAUCUGCGAGGCGUGAAAGGCGACUUGAAAAGGCCGUUCGAAAAGGCGUGGAAAGAUUACGAGGCUAAAUACGCGAAAAUCGAGAAGGAAAAGAAGCAGCACGCGAAAGAGGCUGGCCUCAUUCGAACGGAAGUGACGCCGGCCGAGAUCGCCGACGAGAUGGAGAAGGAGAGAAGAUUGUUUCAAUUGCAAAUGUGCGAGUAUCUUAUAAAAGUGAACGAGAUCAAAACGAAGAAAGGAAUUGAACUGCUUCAGCAUCUAGUCGAAUAUUACCAUGCACAAACCAAUUACUUUCAAGACGGCCUAAAAACCAUCGAACACUUUGGCUCUUACGUGGCGGACCUGAGCGUGAAAUUACAAAAGAUCAGGCAAACGCAAGACGAGGAGAGAAGGCGGCUGACAGAACUGAGGAAUCUCCUUAGAAGCUCAGGUUGCGACAAAGAGUUGAACGUAAACGCGAAUGCAGGAUAUUCGCUUCAUCAGCUGCAAGGAGAUAAGCAACACGGCGUUACCAGGUCCGGGCAUCUUCUGAAGAAAAGCGAAGGAAAAAUGAGGAGAGUUUGGCAAAAGAGACGUUGCGCGGUUCAAGCCGAAGGCUAUCUAGAUAUCUGUCACGCGGACGAGAAUAAACCACCAACGAGAGUGAAUUUAUUAACCUGUCAAAUCAAGCUAGUACCGGAUGACAAACGGGGUUUCGAUCUCAUUAGUUACAACAGGACGUAUCACUUUCAAGCGGAAGACGAACCAGACCAGAGAGCGUGGAUGUCCGUUUUGGUAAACUGCAAAGAACGUGCCCUGCUUCGAGCAUUCGACGCCAGCGGCAAGGCAGAGGCUGGCACAGGAAAUCCAAGUUUAGUUGAACUUCAACAGGCUGUAAUACGAUGUGUCAUGAGGUUACCUGGAAACGAUCAAUGCUGCGACUGUUCAUCGCAAAAUGAUGCUACAUGGCUCUCUACAAAUUUUGGCAUAAUCGUAUGCAUAGAAUGUAGUGGAAUUCACCGGGACUUAGGAGUGCACAUAUCCAGAAUACAGUCCUUAACGUUAGACAACGUUGGCACUGCUCAGUUACUUCUUGCACGGCACAUGACCAAUCAGGCGUUUAACGAAGUGAUGGAAGCUACAUUGCAUCAUAAUCACAAGCCAACACCAACUUCAACGAUGGAAGAAAGAUACGAAUUUAUAAGAGCCAAGUAUGUGGAUAAGAGAUACGUGAUGAACACUUGCGCAGAUGAACGAGAUCUCCUUUCUGAUUUGGAACACGCCGUUAAUAAUCGCGAUCUGCAACAGCUUCUACAAGUCUAUGCUGAAAAUGUGGAUUUAGCAGCACCCUUGCCUACCUCGGAUCUGGGCGAGACGGCUUUACAUUUAGCGAUCCUACGCGAAAUGGGGAACAGUUUGCAUAUUAUAGAUUUCCUGGUGCAGAAUAUGUCGACGGGUGGCAUAGAUAGGACUACGAUCGACGGAGAAACAGCGUUACAUCUCUGUGCACGACACGACAGAGCAGAGGCAAUGAAGCUGUUACUACGGUCAGGCGCUGAUCCAACACACCGAAAUAAACAGGAUAAAACCCCGCUUGACAUUGCUCAGGAAAUGGGACACCACACAUGUAAAGAACUGUUGAGUCAUGCUCUACAAAGACAGAAAACAUUGUUUGAUAAUGUUAACAUCGAUUGGAAUCUUUCACACGACGAAGGAUCUACUGAUUUUUCUGACGAUGAAACGAUAAUAGAAGACAGGAAUGGCUGUUUAACACCUGAAAAGAAGUCUCGCAGUCGGCCGCCUUCUUAUGUAGGCGGUGGUGGUAGUGGUGGUGGUACCGGAUCGGGAGAUUCACCAGUGACUUUACGUAGUCGAAGUAGCACUUGCGACAGCCUGCAAAGCGGUUCUUCCCCAAGUUCCUCGACAAAUAGACAACAAAUGCCUCCGCCACCACCACCUCAAUCGAGGAAACCUGUUGUUGUACCUGCUCCCAUGGCUCCGGAUAUAUCGGUCAAUAUUCAUGGAUCACUGAAGAAGCGUGUAGCGCCGCCACCACCACCGGCCGGAAGUACAGGUGGUAUACCUUCCUCUCAUUACGGUACACUACCUUCGUCCGCGUCUUUAGCAGCGUCAACGCAUAGCCGUACAACGAGCGAACCGAUCUUAGCUGGGCAUUCUUUACAUACUCUACCACAUGCGUUAAAUACAUUAAACAGUCAGCAUCAUAAAAGAUCGCCCAGUGGAGAUUCUUCAACGGGACACGGUACGGACAAAGUAAACAGCUCGACGCUCCAGAGGCCGAGGAAUCCUCCACCUCCAGCCCCAUCCGGUAUCAAUUCGUCGAGAUUGAGCAACGGACGUAGCAGCGAAUCGUUAAGCUCUAUGUGUUCGGAUCAUGGUUUGGGUAAUCCCAUUCCGCCUCCACGUAAGCGAAGGGACCGGGCCAGGCUAGAGAGCUACGCUGAGGAGCCUUCAUCUUUGCUCCCAAAUCUGAAUCUGCCAACUUCGUCGACCCUAAGCGGUCUGCGACGCUGUCGAGCCUUGUACGACUGCGAAGCGGACAACGAGGACGAAUUAUCGUUCCGUGAAGGCGAGGUGAUCAUCGUGACGAAUGAGCAAACUGACGACGACAACUGGAUGGAAGGUGCCCUCGAAAGAGCGCCUGAAAGGAGGGGAAUGUUCCCGAUCAGUUUCGUGCACAUGCUGCAAGAUUAACAUUCGGUAAGCCUGAACUCGUUGGCAAGUGUCUCCAGUACUGCCAGCUCCGUGAGCGUUGCUAGUCUCGGCAGAAGAUCUUGGUUGAGAAAACCAAAGGAUUGAAGAUGAAGGAUCGGGCGUUUGUCUGGCGAUUGUUUAAAAAUCGUCGAUUUCACGAUGUCCAUUCUUUUGGCACUUCUUCUCUAUGUUUCUACAACACACUUGUAGGCCUCGAACUUUUGUACACGAAGUUAUUAUCGUUCGAACUAAACACGCGAGUGUAGAAAGUGCUUCGGAAAUAGGUAGCUUUAGUGCGGUAUUCUAACCUCCUUAAGAAUAAACCUAACCCUAAAAAUGAAAGAUCACUCGAAUAUAGAUCUAGGAACUCUUCCUUUCUGGAAUAUAAAUGAUUUCCGUCUACAACAAUACACGCAUCGCACCGACGUUUUCAGAGACAUGCAAAAAUUCCAGGUGUAUUCUGAAUUUUCUCAUGCGCAGAAAUGAUGCAGAUUUUUAGUAUUAUCACGCUAUCAAUAGUAUUACUAUCUUUCUCCCCAUUUCUGAAGCACCACGUAUACUAUGAACUCGUUCGAUCUGUUGUUCGACCCGAACAAGAUUCGAUAUCCUAACCGCGUUUCGACUUGAGCAAACAUACAUGAUCGAGUGUGUACUUUUGUCACAAAUAGUAAUUCGCUCAAACGUAGAAACGUGCUUAGGAAGGUAAAUCAUAGCCAGGCUGUAUACUAAUGUGGAACGAAUCAAAUUAAUUCACUGUAUCGCUUGGUUCCACUGGGAUAAGUUGACUCAGUUGGACAUGUCGGACCUGUUUGUAGUUCAGUUUUUGGAGGUUACAUGGAAUUUGAAAUAGUUUCUUAGCUUGUAGAUGACAAUCAGCUUGAAAUUACUCCGUAGACACAUAUUGAUUUUCUGAAAUGGAGAUUUUGACAUUUGAAUAAUGUAGAAAACAGGAAAAUAAACGAAGGAACUUUUUUAAAGAUGCUUGUCUACGUCUGAGAGGAGGGGUAGAGUUUGACGAUUCUUAUGGAAAGAAAUGUCGUUUAAUUAGGAGAAGAGCAAUUUGAAAAUGAUGGGGUUUGUCUUCGAGAGUGAUUUAGAAACAUCACAGAGAGUAGCUGCUAUAGCCUGAACAAAAUCAAUUGGCUUUUUCAAAGUCAUCGAGAGAAACCCCCGCCAUUUAGCUGUUACGCAAAUUGACUCAGGAAAAGUAAUCUGCAGAUGUCCAUUCAAUUUUAAUCAUAUUGUAUUUAAAAACAGCAGAAGCGCGUGGUGAAGCUGCAAAGAAGGUAUAAAACGGUAUAAGAAUUAUUUAAAGGAAUUAUUUUAUAAAGUGAUGAAAUGCAACAAAUAAAACAAAAGCUUGAACAAAAUUGAAGCUAUAAAGAAAGUUGGUAUAGUGAAAGUUUAUGCUAGUAGUAUAGUUAACUUAAGGUGUUUAAUGUAAUUACGGUAAGGAUGAUAUAUUGGAAUAAAAUUAUAAUUGGUAUGUAUAGAAGAAGAAAAGUAUAUUAGAGUUGUAUUUUUUUUAAUAAUCUUAUUGCAAUUGGGUUAAAAAAGAUUUUAGAAAUCCAAUUGACAUUGUUCAGACUAUUAGCCUCGAUACUUCAUGUGCUGUAUCAAAACGUGCCUACUCGAGUCGGAUAUUCAAGCGUGAAGGAAACGUGUCUUUGACGAUUCUACAAUUCUAGAAAUGCAAAGAAUUUCGAUAAAGUAAAUGCAUUCAGUGCCAGAAGAACGAGAACAUAACAUGACUAUUGAUUGUUUCGAGCAAGACGUCGAAAUCGAAGACUGGAUCGAUUCGCGGUUCUGAAGACCGACGGUAAACAAACAGAAAAUGUGAUAUAAGAUAUAUUUCAGUAUAAAUUAUUAGUAUUACGAAUCGGAUUUAGCGAACAAAAAAAAAAAAAAAAAAAAUUCGGUACACUAAUAAAAUGGCGCUGUCGUGCGUGUUAAUCAAGGCAGAGCGCUGCGAUCGGCAAGUCCAUCGUAAAUUACAUUAAUUCGUUCGUAACUGAUUAGAACUAAGCGGAUUAUCUUGCUGUUAAUUAUUAUCGAUUGUAUUAUGUAAAACCAGCAGGUAUAUUCGAUCGAAGUAAAAAGUAGAUUGCGGAUGUUUAUGCAAUUUUCUAUCUUUAUGGAGAUUUUUGAUAUUUAUGCAGCCCUCACAAACGAAAGUGUUGUAAAAUGGGAAAUCACGGAAAAUAAACAUUCCUCGUCAUCCCCCUCCCUCUAAUCUCUUCUCAUCUGCAUUCUGGAAUCUUAAAUUUCCCAAAAACGAGUAAACGUCCGCAGUCUGAUGUCACGUUCGGUAAAUGUGCACAAUUUCGUCUAUGCAGAGUCAAACGUAAAAAACGAAAAAAAAAAUAAAUGUAUGCGUGCGUGCGUGCGUGCAUGUGUAGUAUGCGUGCAAUCAUAAGCAGAACAAAAGCAGAAGGGAAAAUACAGAGUUUGAUCUGUUACCUGUUGCAUGUCUUAAAUAUCUGGCGCACAUUUCUACUCUGUACUGCCAAUGCUGAGUAUUCUCUAUUAUACAGUCGCGUUUCAGGCGAGCGAAACGAAAAGGAAAAUCAUAUAAAAAAUUUCUGCGUGAAAUAGACGCAACGAGUGGCGUCGAUCGUUAUAAAAGAUAUAAUAUAAACUUAGGACGUCAGAAAGAAAAAGAAAAAAAAAAGAGAGAGGCGUUCAUCUCCAUAAGAAAAGAAACGAUGUGACAUUAAAAUAUUGCAUGACACCGAUAGUAUUAUUAGCGUAUUCGACUCUUAAGAAUCACGUGGUUACGAGCGUAUGUACAUUUUUGUAAUGCCAUAUUAUUUGUUAGUAAAUAUAUAUAUAUAUAAUUAUAUAUAUAUAUACGUAUAUAUAUAUUGUGAAAUAGAAUUAUGAAAUUAGAGAUUUAUUAGUCAUUAAGUAUAUAUAGUAUAAAUAUAUAUAUAUAUAUAUAAUGAGAUGAAAAGGAGGAGCAUAAAGGAAAGGACAGAGUAAUGAAGACAAGCAUGUGCUGCGAUUUAAUCGAGAUUUAUGCGCCAGAAGCGAAUUGAAAUUUUUAUUUGUUACAUAUUUUUGCUUGAAACACUCUGAGACACAUACGAGACCAAAGAAAACAUUUUCUCGCGAGCGAGAGGGGAACCGUUGACGCUGUCUAGCUCAAUCUUGCGUAAAAGUGGACUGUAAUUUUCUUUCUUUUUUUUUUUCUUUUUUUCUAAACAAGUGUAAAUUUUUACUAUCCACUUUACUUCCGACACUGAACCGUGUGCUCGCCUUUUAUUUUGUUUCUCUCUCUCUCUCUCUCUCUCUCCCUCUCUUUUUGUAUUUAAAAUGUUUAACCGGGAAACGUCACCAAAUAAAUAUAUAUAAUUAUACACGUAUGUUAUGUGAAUGAUGUGCUAUUUAUGGAUUCUGUGCUCGUAUCGGUUCAAACGAAAAGGAACCACGAAGAAGCCGCAAAGCGUGAAAUCAACGAUCGAUAAGGGACUGUGGUCCGUUGCCUAGUCGAAAUCGGGAUAUUAUUUAUGUUUCUUUCUUUCUUUUCCUCCUUCGAUACCGAGACUUUUGCUUUGUAUUGAAAUUCAAAUUAGAAUGUAUUUGUGGUCGUCGUAAAUAUAUAUUUACAAUUAUUUCACGAA